AUGUCAGGAAGAAUUUACAGAUUCUUUACUGGUAAACCACAGCCACAGUGGGUAUGGGAUCUGGCGUUGGAGUUUCGUAUCCCGGGUCUCUUCUUAGCUUAUGUUGUUUAUGUUAACACUCGCUGCUACUAUGAUGCUUUGAGUGCGUAUCAAGCUAAUUCGAAGUGGGGGAUGACACAUGGAAAGCUUUUGGAGCUUAAGAAAUUAAAUUAUCGCUACAUCAGCGUUCCCCGUUACGCGGUACGCUAUGAGUACGAAGUGGAUGGAAAAACAUAUGUAUCCACGAGAGCAACAACCGGAUCUCCUUAUAGAAGUUGGAUGGAGCGUUUUUACAAUGAUACUAUUACAGAGUCUGAGUAUCUUCAGGCGAUUCCCGUCUUGCGUGUAGGCGAACGUUGCACAGUAUUUUAUGAUAAGAAAAAUCCUGGUUCACAUUCAGCUCUUGCUCAUGAUGCCAACUCUUUCGAAAUAUCUAUCCUGAGCUUCUUCGCUGUAUUUCCCAUCCUCAUGGGUUACAUGAUGAAAUCACAUCUGUGGAUGAUAAAGAAGGCUUACAUGCCCAACAAGACGAUGCGUGUCCGUUUUCCGCCGUCCGCCCGCACCCAACCUCCACCACCACCACCACCAGAGGGCGCUUCACAGAUAUCGCCGCUUCCCAAACCGUAG